GCACGUCGCAGAGAUACGCGGACGUCGCUCUUCCAAGAUGGCGGCGCGUCCGUCGCGAGCAGCCGGGCCGGGGGGAAGCCAGCGAAGCCGAGUAAAGCCGCCGCCCGGGAGAGGACUGAAGGAGCUGUUUCGGCAGUUGGCGGCGGCUCGGGCAGUUUUCGCUGCUGCUACGGCUGUUGCCAUGCGGCGAGGCUAGGGAGGAGCUCACUUCCCCGGGGUGUAAUAAUGUUAACAGAGAGAUCAACCAGCAUCACAAACUGAGAUAUUUGAGACGUGUUUUGUUCUAUCGCAUACAAGGGUAAGAGAGGAAACUUGACUGAAAGCCACAGAAGACUACGGUGGCAAAGGAGACAGGCUCCAUCCCUUGGUUUGGAAGAUUGAAUAAAAAUUGAUUGGGUCAUGAAGUCAAAUAGGCUGAGACUUAUCUCAUCUGCAACCAGUUUAUCCAUAUGGGGAUGGGGAAGCCUUGGCAUUGUCCUUUCUCUAAUAACCUUUGGACCCUUUGUAAUAUUUUAUUUGGCCUUUUAUAUCCUCUGCUUUGUGGGUGGGGGUUUUGUGGUGACUCUCCUGUUUGGAAAAACAAACUCAGAGAAGUACCUAGAGCAGUGUGAACACUCAUUUCUUCCUCCAACAUCAACUGGGAUUCCUAAGUGCUUAGAAGAAAUGAAACGAGAAGCCAGGACUAUAAAGAUUGAUAGAAGAUUGACAGGUGCCAAUAUAAUUGAUGAACCUCUCCAGCAAGUUAUCCAGUUUUCCUUGAGGGACUAUGUCCAGUAUUGGUAUUACACACUAAGUGAUGAUGAAUCUUUUCUUCUUGAAAUUAGGCAGACUCUUCAAAAUGCACUCAUUCAGUUUGCUACUAGGUCAAAAGAAAUAGACUGGCAACCUUAUUUUACUACACGCAUUGUAGAUGAUUUUGGCACACACCUACGAGUAUUCAGAAAGGCUCAACAGAAGAUAACAGAGAAAGAUGAACAAGCAAAAGGUACAGCGGAAGAUCUUGUGGAUACCUUCUUUGAAGUUGAAGUUGAAAUGGAGAAGGAUGUUUGCCGCGAUUUAGUGUGCACUUCUCCCAAAGAUGAAGAAGGAUUUCUAAGGGAUUUGUGUGAGGUCUUACUAUAUUUAUUGCUACCUCCUGGAGAUUUCCAGAACAAGAUCAUGCGAUACUUUGUCAGGGAAAUUCUUGCACGAGGAAUUCUUCUUCCAUUAAUAAAUCAACUCAGUGAUCCUGAUUAUAUUAAUCAAUAUAUCAUAUGGAUGAUCCGUGAUUCUAAUUGCAACUAUGAGGCCUUUAUGAACAUUAUUAAAUUGAGUGAUAAUAUUGGAGAGCUAGAAGCAGUCAGAGAUAAGGCAGCAGAAGAAUUACAGUAUCUUCGAUCUCUAGAUACAGUCGGUGAUGAUAUCAACACUAUCAAGAAUCAAAUAAAUAGCUUAUUAUUUGUAAAGAAAGUAUGUGACUCAAGAAUACAGCGGUUGCAGUCAGGCAAAGAAAUAAAUACUGUGAAACUGGCAGCAAACUUUGGGAAACUUUGCACAGUCCCCUUGGACAGCAUUCUUGUGGACAAUGUUGCACUACAAUUUUUUAUGGAUUACAUGCAGCAAACUGGAGGUCAAGCACAUCUCUUCUUUUGGAUGACAGUGGAAGGAUACCGAGUUACAGCCCAGCAGCAACUAGAAGUUUUAUUAAGUCGUCAGAAAGAUGGAAAACAUCAAACCAACCAAACUAAAGGACUUUUAAGAGCAGCUGCUGUUGGAAUAUAUGAACAGUAUUUAUCAGAAAAGGCAUCUCCAAGAGUUACCGUUGAUGAUUAUUUGGUGGCAAAAUUAGCAGAUACUUUGAAUCAUGAAGAUCCAACCCCUGAAAUCUUUGAUGACAUUCAAAGGAAGGUUUAUGAAUUGAUGCUACGAGAUGAAAGAUUUUAUCCUUCCUUCAGACAGAAUGCACUUUAUGUGCGCAUGUUAGCUGAGCUGGAUAUGUUAAAAGAUCCUAGUUUCAGAGGAUCAGAUGAUGGUGAUGGAGAAUCUUUUAAUGGGUCUCCUACUGGAAGCAUAAAUUUGUCUUUAGAUGACCUUUCAAAUGUAGCUUCUGAUGACUCAGUACAACUUCACGCUUACAUUUCAGACACUGUAUAUGCUGACUAUGACCCAUAUGCUGUGGCAGGCGUUUGUAAUGAUCAUGGCAAGACAUAUGCAUUAUAUGCCAUUACUGUACACCGGCGCAAUCUUAACAGUGAGGAGAUGUGGAAAACCUAUCGUCGGUAUAGUGACUUUCACGACUUCCAUAUGAGGAUCACUGAACAGUUUGAAAAUCUGUCAAGCAUAUUGAAGCUUCCUGGUAAAAAGACUUUUAAUAAUAUGGAUAGAGAUUUUUUAGAAAAAAGAAAAAAGGAUUUAAAUGCAUAUUUGCAGUUACUCUUAACUCCUGAAAUGAUGAAAGCAUCUCCAGCUUUGGCUCACUAUGUGUAUGAUUUCCUUGAGAACAAAGCCUAUAGUAAAGGGAAAGGGGACUUUGCUCGCAAGAUGGACACUUUUGUAAACCCACUUCGAAAUUCUAUGAGGAAUGUUUCAAAUGCAGUUAAAUCCCUUCCUGAUAGCUUGGCAGAGGGAAUGACUAAAAUGUCUGACAACAUGGGCAAAAUGUCAGAAAGAUUAGGUCAAGACAUAAAGCAAUCAUUUUUCAAGGUGCCCCCUUUGAUUCCGAAGACUGACUCAGAUCCGGAACAUUGUCGGGUCUCAGCUCAACUUGAUGAUACUGUGGAUGACAAUAUUCCACUUAGGGUAAUGCUGCUUCUUAUGGAUGAAGUAUUCGACUUAAAAGAGAGAAAUCAGUGGUUGCGAAGGAAUAUAAAAAACCUACUUCAGCAGCUUAUUAGAGCCACAUAUGGUGAUACUAUUAAUAGAAAAAUAGUUGACCAUGUUGAUUGGAUGACCUCACCUGAGCAAGUAGCCGACUUAGUGAAACGUUUCAGAGAUGCCUUUUGGCCAAAUGGCAUUUUAGCAGAGACUGUUCCAUGCAGAGAUAAAGCUAUUCGAAUGAGAACAAGAAUUGCAGGAAAAACUAAAUUACUUUCAAUUAUGCCAGAUGAAUUGAAGCACAUUAUUGGGGCUGAGACAACACGGAAAGGUAUUCUUCGUGUCUUUGAAAUGUUUCAGCACAACCAGUUAAAUAGGAGAAUGGUUUAUGUCUUCUUGGAAGGCUUUUUGGAAACCUUGUUUCCACAGUAUAAAUUUCGUGAACUUUUCAACAAACUGCAUUCACGGUCAAAGCAGAUACAGAAAUAUAAACAGAAACUUCAAACUACUCAAGCGCCUUCUUUACAGAAAAGGUGACACUCCAAUCUAUGAAGCUGGUGUUCAUUUUGUCCAGGACUAAUAAUAUGGACAGACCUUCUGGGGCUUAACUCAUAUACUGUCAUGUCGCACCAGUCUUUUAGUGUCUCAAAAUAGAUUAAUAAUACAUCCAUAAGACUGUGGUUCUUCUCAUCCUCAUCCAUAAUCCAGCCACUACCAAGAGAGAUUUCUGUGUCUUAAAUGAUUUGGUGCAUAUUUUUUGCAACAUUGAGAGGAUACUGCCCCCUUCUCAAGCAAGAAUGACGUUGGUCUCUUCCAUUUCAAACUAAUCAGCAUUCUCCAACAAUGACAAAGUGCCAGAAUGUAUACAUGAGAGCUAAGGAAAGCACAAAACAAUGGUUCACAGUUAAACUGGCUAAUUUGUUUAACAGUGGGAGACUGAGCAAUGUAUGAUUUGGAGGGAUUUUUUUUUGCAUAAUUUUAUAGGUCUUUAUCAGAAUUUUGAUAUAAUGUGGAUUAGCCAGGUGAAUGAUCUUUGGAACAUCUGCUUCAGGUCUGGGGAAAGUGACAGGAUGCCCUUAAAAGUAUGAAAUAACCUUAUACCCUAAUUACAGUUUUGUGACAAAGUAAAACCAAUCAAAAAUAGAUUUUGAUUGGAUUUGUUAUUCAUUGGUAUAAAAGAUUUUAAUUGAUUCUUAUGUGCUUUGGGGCUCUAUUUUGCUCUUAUGGUACUCAAUCAUAAGUUUUCUUUUGGUAUUCUGUGUGCAAAAAAACGUAUAGUGGCACUCUCACUUAAGUUUCAAAAUUAUUACAGUUUUUUUAAUCUUUAAGAGAUUACUGAUUAUAUAAUAAGGAGUAUAAUCUCUUGAAAGAACUGCCAAAUACAUCCAGUUAUUUUAAAAAUAUGGAAAUUUAAAAAAACAGCACUAUUGAAAGUUACAGUGUGAUAAUUUUAAAUUGUGUGAUCUAGACAUACCUUAGGUGAUUGCAAAAGUAGCAAAUCAAAGGAUUAAAUGAGCUUAUUAGUCCUAUGUAAACAGAAAAAUUCCUAAUUCUAUUAUUGUAUAUAUGUGAAAAUAAAUAAUGAAAACAGAACUAUAAUAUUUUUUAAAAUAUGCUUUUAUUUAUAUUUUGCAUAAUGUAAAAUUCUACUAAAUAAAGCAAGUUGGCGAAACCCCUGGGUGUAUACAUUUAAGUCCCUGAAAUAAUUUUAUACCAACAACAACAAAUUACCUUUUCCAGUUUUGGAACCUCUGCGUUUCUUAUAGUUUUCUCAUUCUUCAUUUGUCCAUCUUGGAAGUCUUCAUAUCCCUUGUAUGCAGGAUUUCUGCAUACUUUUAAAUACUUACACUGACUAAGGGUUUGGGUAUGUCAGAGUUUUUUGUUUUAAAAAUAUUUAACACUACAACCUUAAAAUAGUGAAGCUACUUAUCAGACCACUGAGCCAAGAUCCUGGUAUCAAAAGAACGUCUGGGUGCUUAAGAUAAAGGGACAGAGUAUCGGUAUCCCAAUUAUUUGGGAGCUUUAAGAUUGGAACAAGAUGUUAUUCUCUUGUUUUCACUGAGAUCCUACUUACAAAGUGAAGCCUAAUAACAGAAUAAAGCCUUCCUUUAAAGCUUUAUAAUAAUAAUCAUAUUUAUUAAUAAUGCUGUUGUGCAUACUUACGUAUGCAUAUAUUCAGCAUGUGUUGCAUGUCUAACGAAUUACAUAAAUGAAAUCCUUUUCAUUGCAAUUUGCAAAUGAGAAAAGAUCCUUAUUGACUCUGGUGGAAGAAGUAAUAUUUUUUCUUCCCAAUGUGUCUCUUGCUGCCGUGGUCCCUCCCCAUGCCCCAGGCUUUAAAAGUGAGGAUUUGUGAAACAUGUCUGUAGAAAGCAACAGCAUGGCCAUAAGUGCAAUGAUUUUCAAAUAUACCCUUGCCCAUUUUAAGUAUAUUUUUGACAUAAAUAAGUCUAAGAGUAAACAAGAAAUCAUUUGAGAGCCUAGUGUGUACAUAUGAAAAGCGUUUCCAGAUAAUGUGAGGAGUGCUGGCCAUCAACCAGGGAAAGAAAGGUCCUGCAGGAUUGCAACUUUUCGUAACAGAGCCCUGCAAGGUAACUGCAAUCAUACCAAAAACUAUGAGUAAAUGAGUUUUUUAAAUAAUUUUUGUUUUAAAGAGUUUAUAUUUCAAAAGCAGAAAUGUCAAAUGGUUGUCUAUGUAAACGGUUGUGCAUUUUCUCUAUGCACAUCUAUGUUUUACAUCAGAGAGAGCUGUGGUCAUGCUAAAAUUAGAAUACUUUUUGAAUGACUUGGUCAAGCUGUGUGUAAAAUAUUUAAUCCAUAAGUCAAGUACAGUGUACUAUGUUUAAUAAAGUUAUUACAUUUAAUGCAUUUAUUGCAUAUAUAAAUAUAUACCUGAAGAGGCUUUAAGUCUUCUGAUAUUUGAUUUUUGAAUGUGUUUCUAUGUCAGUGGUGCCUUUAGGCAAGAACCUUCAAAAUUGAUCAUUCUCUGUUUGGGUUUUCUGAUUUUUGGGGGGGUAACCUAUAAACUAUUUAGAAACUAUCACUACUAACGUAUAGUUCAUUCACCUAAAAAUUGAUUGUAUGAUUUAAAUAUAGCACUUAGCUGGGCAUUUCCUAUGAUUAGGGUGUUCUGAAUAGUUGCUGAAAAAAUUGUGCCAUUGACCAAUGGAUGCACUUGGUUAGCCUUAAUUUAAAAAAAAAAAUUAAAAACUUUCUUGAAUAUUUCUGUUCGCUCAUUUUAAGUUUGUGCUGCUGGUGUUUGGAAAAAAUCAAACAGUUAAGUGCUACCAGAAAGUGUAUCAAUUUUUAAAAAAUUAAGAACAAUAUAAAUUUCACAUUCUAAAAUUUUAAUUUUGUGCAAUAUUUUCAUUUAAUGCAUGUGUAUUUGAGUAAUUGUAAAAUAAAUGAAUUUUUAAUGUUUUGAGAUCUAGUUUAAACUGUCUUCUUAACCCAACGACUUACAUUCCGUUGUUUCUGCAUCCUUUUAUUUAAGGACUUGUUUUAAAAGUCUUUUUUGUCACUCCUUGUAAAAUUAUUUUGUUAUUAGUAAAUUUUGCUUAUAGGAGUAUGGCUCCUGUAUUACAAGGGAAAAAUAUAAAGAGCACAUCUUAGGAUUAUAGUUGUUAAAAGAUAACUUGUGCAUAUCAUUGUACAGUAAAUGUCAACUGUGUGCCUAACUAUUCUAUCAAUACUUUCCUUCUUUAACAAAGAAGAAACAACAAUCAGAAUGUCAGUUAUUUUUAUUGAACUAAAAGAAGAUUAAAAUUUUUAUUUGGUUUGCGUUCUGUUCUGUCCAGUAGAAAAUACUAAUAAAGUAUUAACAAAC